AUGCUUGACCUUGCCCUGGUGAAUAGCUACCGCCCGAUACAGGCAUCUGCACCAGAGGCUGGUGAACUUUUCACCAGCUACACGGGCAUGGACGAUCAAUUGGCCGCGCUGCAGGAAAGCAACAUCAGCUUCCCCGAGUGGACUACGGAUUUCACUGGGCUUAAUACCAUGUCACUGGGUAUGACAUACGGCUGGACCGACUUGCAAAUUCCUUACCCAGAUAUGGACAUGUCUGGGACUGAUCAAUCUCUGGGACCUGCAACUUCGCCCAAGUCUAUUUCAGGCACAGAUCUGGACCGAGAUUUCCGGAAGGAUGGGACCCUUCAAGUAACUGAUGAUGGCGAGCUUCGAUAUUUCGGGGCCCCCUCAAACAUUCCGCUACGUGAUGAUACUGGACCAUUUACUCAAUCUGCCGAAUCAACUAUUGCGUGCAACCAUGGUCAAAGAUUAUUGGAAGCUGCAGGACUUGGCCAACACCUUAAUGCCACCUUGGAAGAUCAUUUAACCAAUCUAUACUUCGCCUGGCAGGAUCCAACAUUCCACGUCGUGGAUCGGGAACUGUACAGACAAGCAAGGAGAAUGCACCGCGCCAGUCCUGGUCGCAGCUCCUACUUGUCAGAGACGCUGAUCAACGCGAUGUGUGCUUUUGGCGCUCUCUACGACACGGGUCGACACUACAAUUUCCCCCUCCCCUUGCCAGAGUUCUUUGCAAAGCGCGCUAAACUCUGGUUAGACGUCGAGCUCGACAGCCCCAGAGUUACAACGGUGCAAGCAUUGGAGUACUUUCGAGGCGGCAUCCACAAAUGA